AUCUUAGCAGGCCUUUCCCUACUUUAUCCAAUCGAUCCGCAACACAAUGCUCGUCACCGAAACCCAGCCCGCGAAGGUAGAUCUCCUAAUCCUUGGAGCAGGAUGGACGUCAACCUUCCUCAUCCGUCUCCUCGAGAAAGACAAAAUUUCAUACGCUGCAACUACCACCACCGGUCGAGACGGAACAUACAAAUUCAAGUUCUCAGAGCCUUCUUCCUCCGAGUCAGAUUCAUCCAUGGACAGCCUCCACCAAUACGCCGCGCUGCCCCCCGCGGAAACUAUCCUCAUCACUUUCCCCAUCAAAUCCAAAGCCGGAACUCGGUUUCUCGUGGAGUCAUUUAUCCAGACUCACGACAAAGAUCACGAACCCUAUCAAUGGAUCCAACUUGGCAGCACAGGCAUCUGGUCCAUCGAAGGUCAGGAGACCUGGGUCACGAGACACAGCAAGUACAAUACCGCUGAUGCGAGAGCGGUGGCUGAAGAUGCGUUGCUGGAGCUGGGUGGAUGUGUACUGGAUCUUGCGGGCCUGUGGGGUGGAGAGAGGAUGGUGAAGCAUUGGGUUGAUCGCGUUGCUUCUACUAAGGAGAUGUUGAGGAGUAAAAAAAGUCUGCAUAUGAUUCACGGGGAGGACGUAUCUCGAGCGAUUAUUGCGGUGCAUAACAUGUUUAAGCACGCUGAGGGGCAGAGAUUUAUGCUGACGGAUCUCUUUGUCUACGAUUGGUGGUCUUUGAUCCUUGGUUUCUGUGGUGAAAUUGAUGUUGGGAAUGAGAAUGAUGCAAGGGCAAAGAAGCAGAUUAAGUGGAUUGGGGAAUUGAUGGAGGAGAGCGGGGUGAGAGCGCUGCCGAGGAGUAGGGAUAUGCUUGGAAGGUGCUAUGAUACGAGGGAGUUUUGGACGACAUUUGGGAUUAUGCCUACAAGAGCGAGGCUAUAAGACGUCUCCGGAAAGGUAGACAUCUCAAAAUGUCAUUGAUUCCUCCCAAAUUUACACUGACUCGGCCAUGCCAUCUGCUUGAAUACCUGAAACUUAAAUGGGGGUGAAGGGCAAUGAAAAACAUU